AUGCGUUCCAUUGUGGUGACUCUCGCCUUGGCCGUUGCCGCGUACGCCGCAACAUGCACAGAUGGAACAACAAAUGUGUUCACUAUCGCCGAUCAAAAUGAUCCCAAUCUUGAUAUUCACUUUGAAAACGUGAAAGUUCAAACGUAUGACGACAAUGGAAAACCAGCAUGUAAUGGAAAUGCUCCAUCCUUAAAUCUUCCCGGGAUGAUCAAACUUGUCUCAGGUGACAUCAAAGUCACUGCUGCGAACGAUUUGAGCAAAGAGGAGGCUGAUCUGACUCUCGUCAAAAACUCUUUACUUAUCGGCACUGUUUGUGACAAUGGAAAGAGCAAGAACCCACUUGUACCCGAUGAGGAUUGCAAAAUCGCCGACAUUUGCUCGGUGCUCGGUGCUGAUAUGUGCAAAUUGCUUGGAACUCCCGGAACGUAUGAUCUUGCAACGAUUGAAAAAGACUUGAACAUCACCGGCACGAUCACCCUUCCCUCAAUCAACGGAGCCAUCAACGGUAUUCUCAAGGGCGAGUGGUCGAUUGGAAUCUUGUUGCAAGCGAACGGGAAACACUUCGGAAACAUCAAGCUUCCCGGAAAUGCUAAAUGGCUCUACAUUAAU